AUGGCUGGAAACAGAAACGCAGAUGAAUUGCUGAAGUGGGGCUUGCAACAUGCGCCGACGACGGCCGACGGACAGUCGUCUGUGACGCAAGUCACUGACGAUAUCGCAGCCGGACGCCGCCCCGAUCUCCAGGACCCGAAUCUGUAUAAUGCGAUUAUGGGCAAGAGUGAGGCGCAGAUGAUGCAAGAAGAGCUCACGGUGGCUAUGGACACGAGCCGCUCAGAAGAAGAUCGCUCCACUGCCCUCGACAACUUUGAAAUGCUGAUCGAGCAGGUGGAUAAUGCCAAUAAUAUGGAGUCCAUGCAAAUGUGGCCACCGAUGCUCAGCUUGCUCGGCGCCCCGCAGCCCGAGAUCCAGCUCCAGGCUGCGUGGAUCGUGGGCACUGCCAUGCAGAACAACGACAAGGCGCAGGCCGUUGCCCUCGGCCACGGCGUGCUUAACCCCCUUUUGACACUGGUCAAGUCGCCGACGCCGUCGGUGCGCAACAAGGCGAUGUAUGCCAUUUCCUCGCUGCUCGGCCACUUCCCUGCAGCUGUGGCACAGUUUGCCGAGAAGGAUGGCUGGACGCUGCUCAACGAGGCGCUACAAGACUCGAGCAUCGUGCUCCGCCGCAAGGUGGCCUUUAUGCUGAACCAGCUCCUGGUUCAGGACCCGAGCGACCCAGCGCAACCUGCAAUGGACGAGGACACAGAGUCGACGGCGACGGCGGUUGCUCCACGCGACUCCAAGCUGCCGCCGAUGCCUCUCGAACAGGGUCCCGCGACGAAACGUGUCAAGGUUAAGCACCCUGAUGUGGCACAGGCCCUUCUCGAGAGUGGCAUCCUGUCCACUCUGCUCGACUCGCUCCUGCCCAACGGCACGGGCCCUGCAGCCUCGUGCAACAACGAGCCGACGCGCAAUGACCUGGACUAUGCGGAAAAAGCAGUGCAGGUCAUCUUUACACUCGUGGACAAGAGCCGCCGCGCUUUGCCACUCCCUCACGACAAGCUCCUUGCGCUCGCUCAGGACCUCGAAGGACCUGCACAGGACGCGCAAGGUGGCGCUACGACGCGCGCUGAUGAACUCAGUGUGGACCAGACGGCUCUGCAGUCGUUCAAGACCACGCUCGCAUAA